AUGGCAGGUCGUAGUGGAUUUGACGAUGGUAAUCCCAGGGACUUCGGAGGCGGUAGAAGAACUAUUGGCGGGCGUCCUCUACCUACCGAGCCUCCCUACAAGGCGUAUGUUGGAAAUUUACCCUCUGGAAUCAUCCAGGGUGAUAUUAAUAGAAUAUUUCCUGACCUAUCUAUUAAAAAUGUGCGGUUGGUUAUGGAUAAAGAGACAGACAAAUUCAAAGGAUUUUGUUAUGUGGAAUUUGAACACUUAGAGGAUUUGAUUAAAGCAAUUGAAAUGAACAAUAUCUUAAAUGUAGAUGGUAAUUUUGUAAAAAUCGAUGUGGCUGAAGAAAAAAGAAGUGACAGAGGAGGUGGGUUCGACCGCGGUCGGCGCGACAAUCGUGAUGGCGGGCGGGACGGUGGACGCGGAGGUGGCGGUGGUUUCAGAAGGGACGGUGGUGGCGGCGGUCGCGGUACGUACGAGCACUUCGACGGACUCGAGCGCAGAGGACCCAGGCAUCAGGGUGGAGGGCUUGCUUAUGAGCGUGAGCGCGAGAGAGGGGGCUCAGGCGGCGGGGGCGGCGCGGAGCGGUGGGGCGGGGGUGGCGGCGGGGGACGCGGUGAGGAGGCGCGCGGCGAAUGGGGGGCGCAUGGGUCGCGCAGCGGCACCCCCCGCCGGCGCGCCCAAGCCGCGCCGCACCUUCGACGACAUGCCGCCUGCCAGGCCCGACACGACAGGCAGACCAAAGUUGAAACUGGAACCCCGGACCGUUAA